AUGGCUGACAGACGGAGCACUAUAAAGCAUUCGAUGGCAAAAAAGUUAGCAGAACGUGAGACUUUGAGAAAUCGCGAAGACGUAUCGAGCCGUCUUACCGACGAUUUGGCCGCCGGUGGUAGCGGUCAAGUAGAAAUUAUGCGUGGUCGCCGAUCUAUGAGGCGUAGGUCGAAGAGACGCAGGAGCCGGUCACGGUCCAGUCGCCGCCGGGGCAGAAGACGUAGCGUCAGCGGUACCGAAGAAGAAGACGACUACGACACGGCUUCAGACACAGAAGAUGACGAUGAUGACUCGACAACGGUGGACGCGUCUUCCCGCAGGAGGUCGAGAAGGCGGCGGAGGAGUGGUCGGCGACGUCGUCGUCAAUAUCAGGCGAGUGGCAGCGACGAUGGUGAUGACACAGAGGCCACUGAUUCAGAGAGCACAGAAGACGGUAGAGGUCUCACGACGACAGUCGACAGCUGCGGAAAUCCUUGCGGCAGCAGACGUCGCCGGAGGAGGAGGAGGAGGAGGAGGAGUAAGUGCGCGGCUAGACGUCCGAGAAGACGGUCGAUGGGGUGCAAGAAGAGGAGAAGAAGAAGGAGGAGGAGAAGUAGUAGUGGUUGCUGCCGUGUCGCAAGCAUUGAUGGCCCCCAAGUUCGAUCUAUCCGACGACUGGCAGGGUCGAGUGGAACAGCAGGCCACAGGUGCACCACGUCGAACAGCACUGGAACGGACACAGCUGAUACCACUCAGUGA